CUCUUGAUUAUUUUUUCCAUGAUUUUAUAUUAUUGAUUCUGCUCAAUAAAUAGUGAAAUUAGGGGUUUAGUUUUGCUCAAUUAAUGAAUUAAUUAUGAUAUAUAAAAUGGCAAACAAAAGAGGAUUAGGGUUUUACACUCUGUUACUAAUUGUAUCUAUAUCAGCUCUGUUUAUAUAUUCUGUGUAUAAAUCUUCCUUAAUUUCCAUCUCAUCAUCAUCAACACUCAUAACUCCAACUUUCGAGAAACUCCAAAAAGAUCCCAACUUUCAAAACCCCACAAGUUUCAGCCUCACUAUCAAAGUAUUGACUUACAAUCGCCUAGCGUCGCUCUCGCGGUGCCUGAGGUCGUUAUCCGCUGCUCAUUAUGAUGAUGAAAGGGUGAACCUUCAUGUAUUUGUUGAUCAUUUUAAGGUUUUAAAUGAAAAAGAUGAGAACUUGGAUCAGAAACUGAAUGAAUCGAGAAAGAUUCUUGCUUUUGUUGAUGGGUUUGAGUGGAAGUUUGGGGAAAAGAUGGUGCAUUAUCGGACUGGGAACGCUGGCCUCCAGGCGCAAUGGUUGGAAGCAUGGUGGCCUGUUUCGGAUGACGAGUUUGCAUUUGUGGUGGAAGAUGAUAUUGAAUUGUCGCCUUUGUAUUACAGGUUUUUGAAGGGUUUGAUUGUUAAUUAUUAUUAUAAUGCAACAAAUUAUAGUCCAUGGAUAUAUGGAGCUUCUUUACAACGGCCGAGGUUCGUGCCAGGUAAGCAUGGGAACAAAAUACACUUUAACAAAGAAACACAAGUGUUCUUGUAUCAGCUUGUUGGUACUUGGGGUCAGCUUCUAUUUCCGAGACCCUGGAAGGAGUUUCGUUUAUGGUAUGACACACAUAAAACCAAAGGCAUCAAACCGAUUAUUGAUGGCAUGGUGACAACGGGGUGGUAUAAAAAGAUGGGAGACAAGAUAUGGACUCCUUGGUUUAUUAAAUUUAUUCAUGCUCGGGGCUAUUUUAACAUAUACACAAAUUUCUUACACGAGACAUCGCUUAGCACCUCUCAUAGAGAUGCAGGUGUUAACUAUGGGAAAACAGCAGGACCAGACUCAAAUCUGAUUCAAGAGAAUUUUAGUGAGAGCCCUUUUUUAAAAUUGGAGCCUUUAAGAAAUCUGAAGUGGUAUGAUUUCUGUUUCAGAGAAGUAAUUCCUGAUCGAGUUGUGAAGAGUGUCCAUGAACUUGAUCCUGUUCUAAAAUCUGCUCAACGGGCAAAUGCUCUAGUGUUUGUGAACAUAGAUCAAACAUCAGAGAUAUUUACCCAUAACUUGUUGUGUCACUUUGAGAGGCUUAAUGUUCGGAACUAUGUAUUCAUGGGACCCAACUCUGAUUUCUUGCUCGAUCUUUCAAGACGUGGGCAUCCCGUGAUCAAUGUUGAUAGAUUUUUUGACAGCAUCAAGGAAUAUAAAUCAAUUAAAUGUGAUAAAGAGAUUAUCGUGAAGGCCUAUGUGAUUAAGAAAGCAUUAGAAAUGAAGUAUGACACAUGGAUGUUGGAUCACAACAUGCUUCCAGUCAAGGCGGACUUAUUUCUUGGCUCAAUUAAACUUGACUCCACUGCUGACUUUUAUGCUGGGAAGAGAUUUGGGCUUUUAGUUGCCAGGAGUUCUGGAUCUGGAUUUUGGACUGAUCGUUUUGUUAAUGAAAUUGCACGAGUGGCUGAAUCCAACAAGGGUAAAUAUGAGACCAGUUUUGGGGUCUUAGCAGGCAAGCUAUUGGAGAUAAAAGGUGGUAAGUUAAAGUGGUACAAUGAGGCUGAAUUUAGUGCUAAAAUUGAUGUAGGUAACGAUCUCGGAACCUCAUUAAAGAAUGACACAAGUGUUGCACUUUGGUUGUCUGACAUAGGUCAUGAUUUAGUUCGAAAUAGACUUACAAGUUUAGGUUUGUGGAUUAUAGAUUCUGAGUCCCAUUGUACAGCUGUUAUAUGUCAUCUGUCAUAGCAAUUUGUUCUCUAAGCAAUUUUUCUAGUUUUUUUUUUAAUUUGUAAUAUUUUUGAUGAGCAGGUCAUUUGUAAAACAUGUAACAGAUGCAUAAUUAUCCAGUUUUGUAAGAAUUA